AUGAUUUGCGAUGUCUCGGCAAGCAAGCGCAUCCAAAUUCCAGGCCAUUGGCGAGAAGACGUCGGCCAGCGUGGAUUCUUGCUGCCUGGCGGCCAGAAGCAACGUAUUGCCAUCGCUCGUGCUAUGGUCAGCGACCCCAAGAUUUUGCUUCUGGACGAAGCCACUUCAGCCCUGGAUACGAAGUUUGAGGGUGUUGUUGUCCAGGCAGCACUUGAUCGCGCUGCUGAAGGGUCUAAUCGAUCAUGA